CCGGACACCGGAAGAGGACGGGCCCAAGAUGGCGGCGCCCAGUGUUGCCGGGAGGAAGCGCUCAUGUCGGGGAACGGAGCGGUGUGGGGGCGCGUGCGAAGCCGCCUCCGCGCCUUCCCCGAGCGCCUAGCAGCCUGUGGAGCCGAGGCCGCGGCCUACGGCAGGUGCGUGCAGGCGUCCACGGCCCCCGGCGGCCGCCUGACGAAGGAUCUGUGUGCGCGGGAGUUCGAGGCCCUGCGGAGCUGCUUUGCCGCCGCGGCCAAGAAGAGCCCGAGGGGAGGCCUUUAGGAUGGACGAGCCAGCACGGCACUUCCGUCUGCUGCCCCAGGGAGCAGAGCCCAGCGGCGCCGACGGCCCCAAAGGGCAAAUGGCGGAAACACGC